CAGACAACAAGCGCUAUGCACAUAUGUCUCGUAGCUUUUGACUUCUCACGCUCAAACCGCGUUUCGAAUGUUGCCGGGCUCGAUAAACGGAUCCCUGCGCUGUGAUAUCCGGUGGAGGCGGGGCUAGCUUAAGCUAUAGAUGCCGUAUAUAAAGUCUCGCGGCCGUCUCCAUUCUCACUGCACCGUCCUUCUUCUGAGACAGCUGACCGGUACGCGACCUCUUGAGCGAUGCACAUCAAGUCCCGACUACCAGACCUGCCGCCCAUCCCGGACGCGAACGUCUUCGAUUUGUUCUUUACAGCCCCUCAAGGCACACAGAUCCCGGAUUACACUGUCUUCAUCGAUGCUGCCACUGGGCUCAAGCACUCGUUCCGCAACUACUGCGAGUUCGUGCGCGACGCGGCAACGGCGCUCGGGGCGGUGCCGGCCCGCGGCGGCCUGGGGCUCAGCGGCGAGGCCGGCGACAUCGUCGGCAUAUUCAGCCAUAACUGCGUGAGUUACCUCGCGCUUGCGCAUGCGCUCCUCGCCAUAACGACGCCCUUCGCGAACCUGUCGGCGUAUGCCACGGUGUUCGAGCUUACACACGCCUUGCGGACAGCAAAGCCGAAAUUACUGUUCGUGCAGCCGGCCCUGCUUCCGACUGCACUUGCUGCGGCAAAAGAAGUUGGUUUGUCUGAGACUCGCAUCUACGUCCUGGAAGGUACUGCCAGCGAUGGACGUCUGAGUUUACAAGGCUUGGUCAACCGCGUCCGGAAGAGCCCUAUUCCUCGAGAACCCAUUCGUCCCGCGAAGAAGAACACGCUGGCAUACCUCGUGUUCUCGAGUGGGACCAGCGGUCUGCCAAAGGCUGUCAUGGCUUCGCAUGGAAAUGUUUGGGCGAUGGUACUCAUGACAGUCAUAUGGAGACAAGAGGAGGUGAAAUUCCUCCAGCUGACCCCGCCGAAAGAACCGCCAAUCGCGCUGUGUUUCCUGCCGCUCUACCAUGCCUACUCACUGAAUGUCGUCGGUUUCCACAUGUUCAGCAUCGCCCCUUUGACUCGCGUCAUCAUGGAUAAGUGGAAUACCAGUGCAGUCUUGAAAGCGAUCCCCAAAUACCGCGUCAACUUAUUCGCGCUAGUCCCGUCUGUCGUGCACCAGCUGGUCAACCAUCCCGAAUUUGCCAAAACCGAUUUUAGCUCUGUUAUCGGCGCUGGAUGCGGCGCAGCGCACCUUCCUAAGACACUGCGGGACAACUUCCAGUCGCGCUUCAACAACGCAGCACUGACGGCAGGGUACGGCAUGUCGGAGCUGACUUACAGUCUUGCUCGCACUCCCCCUGACGGCCUGUACGGCUUGAAGGUACCAGACACGUCGUGCGGUCUCAUCAACUCUGGCGCUGAGGUCCGCACGGUGCGCGAGGAAGGCUCGGAGGCCGACGUCGAUGAGCCUGGCGAGCUGUGGGUCAAGGCGCCUACCGUGGCCCCUGGCUACUACGGGAACGAGAACGCGACACGGGAGACUUUUGUCAACGGCUGGCUGAGGACGGGAGACUGGAUGCGCAUCGACAAGGACGGGUUCUUGCACUUUGUCGAGCGCAAAAAGGACACACUCAAGGUCGGCGGAGCGCAGGUCUCACCAAGCGAGAUAGAAGAGGUCCUGCAUGCACAGCCAGACGGACUCAUUAUCGAUGCAUGCGUCGGCGGGGUGUCUGGUGGCAGGACGUCGGACGAGAAGGUUCCGCGGGCUUGGAUUGUGCUCAGCGACAAGGGCAAGCGCCGAGGAGCCGAUGAGACCAUUAAAGUCCUGGAGACGUGGACUAAAGAGAAUCUGAGCCCAUACAAGAGGCUACGGGGUGGGUUCGAGGUCGUCGACGAGAUUCCAAAAAAUCCGACGGGAAAGAUGUUGAGACGUCUAUUGCAGGAUAGAUUUGAAGCCCAGCAUGCAGCUAGAGCGAAACUGUAGAUAGAUUGCAACUGCAAUGCGUUCCCUUUCAGUUUAUCUAUGCGCGCG